CUUGGAAAUAAACAACACGAAGACUAGACAAAGGGGAAAGGUCUCUCCGUUAUUCCGCUCGUGCCCGGCCCAGCAAGGACGAGCGACUUCUAUUCUGACCUACACUUGGCCUGGCGGCCUAGGUCGCAGUCUUUCUUGGACGUACUAGCACGUGCUUUCUUCUUCAUUCGACCUAUAUCUAAUUUCUAUCAAAAAUAAGCUCCAAGUGGACUGCUACUGCAAACAAGAGGACAUCGAAGGAGAGGAACCAGCACUAGAAAUCGCAAUCCCCACAAGGGCAAGACCAUGGCGACGGCUUCGGCACCAGGGAAGCGGAAAGCUGAUGAGGUGAAAGUCGGCACCUCUGCUUCGUCAUCCUCUGGCCAGCAUACAGGAUUGAAGGCAACAUGUUUCCGAUACGUGGUGCAGGGGAAGAGUUAUGUUGCAAGAUGAGGAUCUGGAUCUGCAUCCCUACUAGUAGAAAUAGUAUCUAUUAUUUCUUCAUCUAUUGCUAUUCCUAUUUACAAAUAGUACUGAUCAUUCUUGUGUUUGAUUGUGGUCGUUAUUUGGAUAACUUGAUGUUGAUCGAUAUCAAGAAGCGAUUGGGUACCCUAACCCGCGAUCGCUUGAUGUUCUCGAUCGAUAUCAAGAAGCGAUUGGGUACCCUACCCCGCGAUUCGGGACACUACUACUAAUACUACUAAGAAGGGCCUGUGAGAAUUCUUUACGACCUCGUCAGCACCUCAACACAGGUUUUCAUCACGAGCACUACGUACUACAGAGACCUCCUAACUCGUCCUCUAAGGCCAACCCGCCCUCCUGGUCGGCGGUGGCGAAAAGACCAAGCAAAUGGGUCUCGGCGAUGUCUCCAUAGACUGUGCGGAAGACAGCUUUUUGCAGUUCAUGCUGAAACAAAGGGUGCAGAUGUACUCAAAUUACCACUGCGACAAUCCCUCAGUAAAAGCGCUAGCGCCAGCAGUCGAAAGCAAUGCAGACUUCUUGACGGAAUUUCAAGAAUGGCUCAGUGUACUUGAUGUUCUUCUGCUUGAGCUUGAUUGUAUUAGGAGUUAAGUACACUCUUCUGCUUGAGUUUGAUUGUAUUAGGAGUUACACUUAGAAGUCCCAGAGGUUCUUCCAUUUAUUUUAAGACGUUGUCAGCCCGUUUCAAUGCUUGCUUCGAUUUUGCCUAUCAUCUGCACAACGACAACAUAUUGAUGUUAUCACCAGUACGAAAGCGUUCCGGGCCAAGCGUGGGAAAAGUCGUAUCCGGAUCUCUAUGUCUUCUAUUUUACCGGUUGUGCAGAUGAAAGGGGAGACAUAAUAGUGGGAGGAUCACAAGGUAUAAUCACGUCGGAAGAUGUCUUAGGUCACGUAACGGCGUUGUUUGAGUUUGCGCAGGACCAACAGUCGUAUUAUAACCUUGUCUACUUCAAUAGCUCUCCAAAACCUACCUCUUGUCAGGCAUAUCAAUCAAUCAAUCAACUUCAUCCCAGACGUAAGAAAAAUUCAAAUGUUCUCUCUACACCUGGGAACACCAGCACUUGCAUCUCAAUAUCAACAUACUGUCUCCUAAUACUACCAAGGUUCUCCAAGCAAGGGAUCACCUUCGAAAAAAUCUAGUGGGGCAAAAGAGCAGACGAUCUCAUUGUUGGACAUAGAGCGAGCAUGGGAGGACUUUAAAGCAGCAAAUUUGGUCCGGGUUCUGUCCUACGAAGAGUAUCGGGACACCUACUACACGAAAAGCAAGCCACCAAUGACGAGAGCACAGCUAGAGAAAGACUUGAAUUCGGCGCCCAUGGGACAAGUGCAGCCACUGCUGUGGAUAAUACUCGACUCUGACAACAGCAAUCAGUGGGUCGACUAUGGCUACUCGAGAAAUUUCAGGGACAUCGUCAUACAAGGUAAGUGAAUUUGAAUGUUGUAAAAAGCUCUGUGUUGUGUGUUGUAAGUAACAAUUACUUAGACUAUUAAUUUCGUGUUAAGGUUAAGGUCAGGAGCGAAUACUUAACAGUUGUAACAGCGACAUCCCAUCCCAGGUUUCACCGACAGUGCGACCGCACCUCUGCACGUAGUCGUCAAAGCUUGGGGUCAACUCCAAGACGGAUCCAUUGACAACCGACAAUUUGGGUCCUUCCUGAAGGCGAUGGGAGGCUCUUGGCAUUCACCCAAGGUAUACGCAAUGCCAGGGUUCAAGUUUCCAGCAUGGAGCGUUCCGGAAUUCGAAGAGCUGUUCGAAAUGCUAGUCCACAAAAGUACCGACAAGAAGAAAAGUUGGAUCUUCGAGAGGAAAGACGAUCCGACGAAGCCGUCGGGUUAUUCUCUUGUGCCUAAGUAUUUUCAAUUUGAUUAUUUGAGUCUUUAUUAUUUUCUCCUCGUAGUUCUCCUGAUUUCUUCUAGCGAGGAUAUCGCUAUCCACAUGCAUUGGAUUUUUUUCAUGCAGCUUAGUUAUCCACGAGAUGUAGAAAGACAAAGAAGUGGAAAGUAGAAGUAGAUCAAGAUGACUGUCACCUCAAUGUACUCGAACAAGAAGUCUAUUUGAACAAGAAUUCUAUUCCAAAUCCAUCAGGGAACAGCCAGUGACGAUGUAUCAGAUUCAGCUUGCGCAGGGUCGAAAACAGGUUUUGGCACAGAGUUUCUCAGUUUUGCAAGCAGAGGUGGAGGAAGCGAUACACGCUUUAGACAAUUUGAGGCUACUCUUUGCGGAUGGAGAUAUGAGGCCAAGUACUGCUUCGAAUUAUAUGCCCUUUUUAUUUGUUGUUGAAUUUAUUACUUGAUGAAGUGUGUCUUGGUAUGCUCCUCCAUGUCCAGACAACCUACUGCGGAGUAUCGAUAAAAUUCACUCUAUAUGUGUACUACUCCUCCUAGUCCUACCACCAUUUUCAUCGACUCUUCGAAUAGAUCGGCAUCCUUCCUUCCACUUCCAAUCACACCAGACAAAGAUAACCGCAAUAACAUAUCAACGCUUCAAGCGCAGGAUAGCGCUUUCUGUGCGGAAAAGCUCCUUUUCGUCCUCCAUACCCUGAAGAUAUACCUCUACACACCUAGAGUGUGCACCUCAGCUUUACGAGCUCUGUGGGCAUUGACCUACUCAGAGGAAGUGAGGAGUGAGUUGCUCAGUCCUGUCGUAGUCCAGCUCCUGCUGAAAGUGACGGGUCUGCACAUCCACGACCCAGUCAUAUGUCUCUAUGCGACUGGGGUACUACUCUCGUAGCUUUAUAGCAUUUCUUUUUCUUUGUCCUUAUAAGAAUAUAAGCUUAAUAUCAUCAUGAUAAUUUCGCUCGUCUGCUUCUGCAGGAUAUCUUCAACCAAAUCUUCUUGCUCCUGCCCCUCUACCUUCACGUCCUGGACGUUCUUCUAGUUCAUCCUCGUCAUCCUUCUUCUGCCACACCAGGUAAUAAGCCGUUGCGCUUGGAACUUAAAGAUAUGGCGAGCCAACGGUAAAAUCCUGAACAAUGCUUGGAACCGACUGUUAGAGUUUUUACUGCUUCAUCCUGCAGAAGAGGAGCUCGUGCGCCUAGUCGGCGUUUCGCUCUCAGCCUUAAGUGUCGAGAAGGGCAAGGACGCCUUUGGGUUCGUCUUUCCGGUUAUGUGCGACUUGAUAGAGUUCUAUCUCGGAAACGCAGACACGUUGUACUCACUACUGGGAUGCGUGUUGCAGAUAGUAGCAAGCAACGUCCCGAGUUCACCAGACGACUGCCUGAGGGUUUUUGCUUUGUUUUUAUGGACGACUGGAUGGAACGAAUGGUCGUCUGUGUGGUCAUGGCGAAGAUAGCGAUAGCACAAUUCCUCAUGAUCCUGAAAUGUGAGUAUAAUAUUUUGUCGUGAUGAUCAAGAACGUGAAGUAGAUAGUCCACUUCAAGAACAUUGCAUGAUCAUGAUCUGAUAUUAUCAGAUUUAUAAGAAAUCAACAAUCUACUACAGGAGCACUUAUUGCUCUACUCGUCCCGUCUCCCACAGCACCUUGCUUCUUCUAAUGUAUCUCCAAGUCCUCGAGAAGCAUCCGCAUAACAGCCAGAUGUGUCGCCAGUGCGCUCUAGGCUUCAUCAAGCUCUCGACGAAUGACCGGCCGAAGAACAUUCUGCUACAGACUCCGCAGCUUUUCACGUUGUUUCUCACGUUGCUGACCCAGGCCUUGCAGAACUUCCUCAAGAAAGACCCUUACGUCAUCUGGCAAUUGAUCUCUUGCUUGUUGAACUUUCUGAAGUCCAACCCCGCACAGACGAAGAAACUGCUGUUCACCCAUCCAAAGUGUCGCAUAAUCCACGACUGCGCUAGAGACUUCGUAGAAGAUGAGCAGGAUUAUAAUGGAGGCGGCGAGUACGCAGAAAUCCUGAAGCAACAGGUGCGAGACUUCUUGAAGAUCUUCCAAUCUGAGAAAUCUUUGAUGCGGCAGCUAAGGAUAGCGGAGAAGAGGAAAGAGAAAUUAUAGGCCGAGGUCUGGAUUUCUGAGAUGAUGAUCUUCAUCUUGACUACACAGACUAACAACAUACAUGCUUGAGUAGAUUUCGAUUUUGUCAUAGAAGACCACUUUUUACCCCGUGGAAACAAGUGCGACUUCUUUGUUGUAACAUUUUUGUGCCUGCAUUCAACUCAAAGAACUCAAUAUCAUUUAUGACUCUGACACUAAAAAUCGUUCCUAGCGGUACAACAAAACGGUUUUGCUGGUCUUGAUUUACCUAAUCAUUUCUGUCUGAGAACACCUUGAUGUAUUUUGUGCCUAUUGGGUAGUCUAACGAACCUCGUGGUCUAAUAUGACUCUUCAUCAUCAUUAUGUUAAUCAAUGCAACGUCACCAUGCUUCACCAGCGUGGUCAUCUGUAGUUAUGUUAAUCAAUGCAAAUAACAAGUUAUAUUUUGAGUUUUCUUGCUUGUCUGUCUGUCAUACCAUGGUGGAAUGGAUCGAUCGUGCCAUUAGAGAAAUGCAAAUAUUUCACGUAGAGGUGCGGCAGUCGCAGCUGCGGGGAGGCCGAAAAAAAACGGUGCCCUGCGGAUGCAAACUGACUGAUUGAUUGCUUGAUACUUCAAGACAUAGGAUUGGAAGAUGCGUAGAUGAACCGCGAAGAGGAAAGAAGAUCAUGGUGACAAAGACUGAAU